AGUGUUUGGAAAAGAAGGAGAUCGAGACUCCCACUGCAAAUCACUACUCGCCUAGCUAAAGUUGUCAGCAGUGUUCAAAGUUGUGUGUCUCCAUGUUUGGGAGAGCAACAACAAACUGGAAUGAAAGUAAGAGGUGCACAGAGAUGAACCAAUGCACAGACACAUUGUCCGAUAAGAAGAAUGACGCAUAAUGUUUAAUUCUGUAUUUAUGGACUGGUCCAGCACCCUUUUGCUUCUUUUCAUCUUCUUCAUGGUUUGUAUAAUCUUAAACUACAUAAAGAUCUUCAAAGAGAAGGCAACACUUCCUCCAGGACCCAUGCCAGUUCCUUUCCUGGGAAAUCUUUUUCAGCUCAACACAAAUGACAUUGUCAGCACACUCAUGAAGCUGAAAGAUAAAUAUGGGCCAGUGUUUACCCUUUACUUUGGACCGAAACCAGGAAUCGUCAUCUGUGGUUAUAAGGCAAUGAAGGAGGCCUUGAUUGACCAAAAUGAAGCGUUUGGCGAUAGAGGAGAAUAUCCUGUUUUUUUGAAUUUCGUUGGAGAUCAUGACAUAGGAUUUUCUAAUGGGGAAAGAACGAAGAUUCGCCGGCGCUUUGCAAUACUGACAUUGAGAAACUUUGGUAUGGGGAAAAGGAGCAUAGAAGAGAGGAUCCUGGAGGAGGCACAUUUCCUCAUCAAAGAGUUUAAGGAAACAAAGGGAUCUCCAGUGAGCCUUACCUCAUACCUGGCUCAUUCAGUCUCCAAUGUGAUCUGCUCCAUAAUCUAUGGGAAUCGCUUUGACUACAAUGACAAGAGACUGAAAGCAAUAACUGACAGUAUCUUUAACAACUUCAGUAUCAUGAGCAGCAUGUGGGGGACUAUCUACAACAUGUAUCCAGAUAUUAUGGAAUAUGUGCCAGGUCCACAUAAAAAAAUUAAGAAAUAUUUCCAAGAUAUCUAUGACAUCACAGAAGAUUUUAUCAAGCAUCAUGAGAAGACGCUUGAUCCAAAAAAUCCUCGAGACUACAUAGACUGCUUUCUCAUCAAGAUAAAGGAGGAAAUGGAUAACCCAGACUGUGCCUUCUAUAUGAAAAGUUUACCAAGGACCAUUCAAAAUCUCCUCUUCGGUGGAACAGAGACUGUCAGUACUACUCUGCGAUAUGGAAUCCUGAUCCUCAUGAAAUAUCCAGAGAUAGCAGAGAAAAUUCAAGAGGAAAUCUACAAUGUUGUGGGGAGAGACAGAAACCCAUCAAUAUCAGACAAGAAUAAGAUGCCCUACACAGAGGCAACAAUCUACGAAAUCAUGAGAUUCUGUGAUGUUAUACCACUCAGUCUUCCUCGAAAAGUAUCACAAAAUACAGUUUUUAGAGGAUUCUCCAUCCCAAAGGGCACAUACGUCACCCCACUCCUUACCUCUGUACAUUAUGAUCCUAACUAUUAUGCUGACCCAAACAAGUUUGACCCAAAUAAUUUUCUGGAUGAUAAAGGUUCUUUUAAGAAGAAUGAUGCUCACAUGCCCUUCGCUGCUGGAAAACGAAUAUGUCUUGGUGAGAAUCUGGCCCGGAUGGAGCUCUUUCUCUUCUUCACAACCUUGCUGCAAAAUUUCACCUUCAAACCAGUGAUUUCAAAAGAUGAAUUAAGUAUCCAACCAACAGGCACUGGGCUUGGGACCAUUCCUCCAGUGUACAAAUGUUGUAUUUUAUCUCGUUAGUGUCUUAAAGGGAGUGGUCCAGGAUUAGAAAAACAUGGCUGUAUUCAUUCAAAAUAGCACUUAACCCUGUCAAGGGUUCAGUGCAGUAUUGAUGUUGCCCCCAUUGACUCCAUUAGCACUGAGCUGCAGUACCAGACACAAUCCAUAGACGAGGUGAUGCUGUUUUUGGAAGAAAGCAGCCAUUUUUUUCUAAUUCAAAAAAGCCCCUUUAGAGUCUAUGAGCUAUUGCUACAGGAUAUGUAUGAAGUUCAAUCUUACGUGUACUUUGAAACAAAAAUUUCUCUGAUUUG